UCUGUUUAAAGAUUAACUUUACAAAAUAAAAUAUAAAAAUGGAUUACGCGAGGAAAAUAGGGAAAAAGAAGAAACCUGACAGUUACACUCCAAAGACCGUUGUUACAAUGGUAACAGCGUUUGAUUAUGAUUUGACAAAAGACAUCCCAAAGGAUAUAGAAGAUCGACGUUUAAAAAAUUGGAAAAAAUGGUUGGUCGAGAGAGAAAAGAUCGGUCGUCGUAUAAAAUCUAUAACGGGUCGUUCCGAAAUCGAUCAGACUAUAAACUCUUGCGAGAAAGUACGUUCCCUGGUCGAGUUGAAAAACUUGAUGGAAUACGCCUCGAUACCGGUUCCUCUGAUACCUGAUAAAUAUCGCGGUGGUCCAGAAUUUUGGAGAGUUCCGGAAUCCUUGCCUAAACAUGGUGAUGUUUGUUUGCCCGAGAUAACAAUGGUACCGACCAAAAAGGAUCUGAAUCUUCCACCGGACAUGACGUACGUCGACGUACCAGAAUUGAUCGAGGAAGAAAAAGGUUUAUAUGGUAUCUCGUUGAAGGAGACUACGUGGGAACGAAAUUUGUACUUUAAACAACGCGAACAAGAACUGCACGAAGAGAUAAAGCUUUUGAUGCCUAAGAAACCAGAAACGAAGAAACUUUUAAUUUGUGGUAAGACUUUCGUGAGGCCAAAGAAACCGCCAAAAAAACCCAUUAUAACGAUUACGUUAGCGGAAGAGGACAAACCCUGUAAAGAUUUAGAUUUGGCAAUAAUUCUGAAGAUACAGGAUCGAGAGAUCGUUCAAAAUUCAAACGAUCGGUCCAACGAAAAACCCAUAGAAUGGAACUUCAACUUUCGUGGUAGGGUCGAUGAGAGAUCCGAGCAGAAGAUCACUUUUGAGAACAAAGGUAAUAUCGUGAUUCAUUAUCGCUGGAGAGACUGGUCUUUUCAACCGAAUUUUCAAUUUUUCCAAAAACACGACAGCCCUUUCUACUUCAACAAAACCGAUGGGAUCGUUUUACCAGGAAAAAUCGAGGAACUGAAGAUCUGGUAUUUGCCACGAUCGUCCAACGUAUUCCUCGAAUCCUGGAGACUCUUUACAGACCCAAAAAUAAGCAAUUCUCCAUUGAUCUGUCGAUUCUGGGGUUGUGCCGAAGAAAGAGACGAUAAGAUAUCGAGUUGUUUCGCCAUAUCCAAGAUCGACUUGUACUUAAAUCGUUGUAUCAAAGACUCAAUAAUUCGAGAGAUCAUCGAGAAGAUAAUAGCUAAUAUCGAUUAUAGAAAACCAUCCGAACCCGCAUACAGUAGUCUGUUUCUUGAAAACGAGGUCUUCAGAGCUAAAAAUCCUUAUCAUUUUUAUCAUAUGGAUAUUAUAUUGAAAUUACGCGAACUUUAUCACGAGGUGACCGAACGACCGGCCGUACCUUGGAAUUUAUCUCUGAACGAUCUUCGGGAGAUCCUUCUACUUAUAAAAAAACCAGAACGGAGACAGCAAAUGCUUCUACGAUUCAGUAAUCUCUGCAAGGAAUGCUUGAAGCCUCCAUUGAUUUCUACUUUCGUAAAUGAUAAGAAAUAUACGGCUGUAUAUAAUGCGUUGUGUUCGUUUGCGAAUUGUUUCGAGAUCGAGAGCGAAUUUGUGUUGACCAAUUGUAUUUUAACUAAAGAGAACAAACCGAUCGAUCCGAAUGACUCAUUGAUGUCACAAUUAUCUGCGGGAAGUAUUAACAAGCAUCGUAAAAAGAAUAAGAAUCAAGACAAUGAGCCGACGAAGUCACAGGUAUUAGGAAGCUCUGUGAGCUUGGAGCAGAGGUAUACCGGCAAUCAACUUUACAAGGAGGUAUUUUUCGUUCGUAUUUAUGAGAUAUUAGGUGAGAUUAUAGAACGUAUUUCGGCGAUAAUUGACUCUUACAAUCGAUUGGAUGGGAUAGACACUUCGUUCUGUCUGUCGAGAUAAAAAGUGCGUGUUAUAUAAGGGUGAAAUAAUCAAAGUAAAAAUUAUACGAAAUUCGAAUACUUUUUAUAACUCA